UCUGCUGGUCCCGACAGCGCAGCUGGACCGCCGAGCCCGUCACCACCGAGGCAGGGACUUCACAUGUGGGAGUUUGCAGUGGCACUGGGUGACAAAGUAAGAAAGGGUUAUAAAUGAAUGUUCAAACUGAUUGAACUGGUGGAUGAAGAACUGGAGGUUGCAGAGCUGACAGGCUGGAAAACCAUCGAUCUGUCCUGAUCAGAACCAGAACCAGAACCAGGCACCAACAGAGAGCAAAUCAAUCUCUAAAAUGUCACAUUUUAAGCUUUAUCAGAAGCAGUUUGUUAGAAAAUGCAGCACAGACAUUAAAUUAAAAUAUUGUAGAGUUAAAAGUGAGGCCGUCUGUGUGACAGAUGAACCUCGACCCAAACUGAGGAAGGAGGAAACAUUCCUGCACAGCAGAGACAGAAACUGAUAAACAUCUUCCAGUGAACGGCUGCAGCAAGUUAAAACCUGUUUGUAACUCUGCAGGUUUUUAACUGUCGUUGGAAACGUUUGAGACAAACUAUUUGAACAUCUUAAAGCCUCCAGGCUAAAAGAGACAAAGGUUAAAGAAGUUUAUGUUCAGUAGUGAAGGAGGAUCAGGUGAGUUAGUAACACGACUGGGAUGAAGUUAGUUUUGUUCUGUGGCCUGUAAAGAACCGAGACGUAAACGCCUCACUACGUCUGACCCAGUGAUGUUGGUUCUGAAGCUUUAUUGGCCAAUAGAGGAGCUGAAGGCAGAUGGACUCGGUUUCAUCCAUCAGGUUUGCUAAAUGUUUCCCAGGCUGGAUGUAACUCUGGUUCUGAUCCGUUUGGAUCACAUUAUGGCUUGUAACGCCUGAUCAUUUUCAGCAGCGUGUUUUUAUAAAACCAAAUCUCAUUAUUUCUCAGGGUUCUGGUCGGUCCUGAAACUGGUAAACGGACCUGGAGGAUCACAGAGACAGAAAUGAUUGAACUCCAACAAAACUGAAGAAACUGAAGCUCCUGACCUUCAACCUACUCACAGCUCCAUGGCUGAAUGAGGAAACUGAAGGUCCCGCCUUUCCUCAGAACUGGAUCAGAACCGGUUCAGCAGCGUCUGAAUCAGCCAAUCAGCAGUGGAGUUUCUUCCUGCGUGUCUCUGCUGGUUCCAGUAGAAACGAUGAUCUGGUGUCAGAGGUGAUCUGCUGCUGGGAUCCGAUGGACGACUCUCUGUUCUGAGAGGAAGAUGAUCAUGAUGAUGAUGAUGAUCCUCCUGCUCGUUUCCCAGCAUGCUCUGGGUGGAGUGGUGGAGGUGAAUCAGGGGGCGGAGUCUGUCCUGCUGCCCUGCAUUUACUUUGGUUUUACACCUGAUGAGCCGUUACUCAUCUGGACUCGCAGUUAUCUCAGUCCGAACUCCGUUCACCUACGGAGAGAAAACGGAGACGAUCUUAAAAACCAGAACCAGCGUUUCAGAAACCGGACCUCCAUGAAUCCUGACGCUCUGGAUUCUGGAGACUUCAGCCUGACUCUGAGGAAACCUCAGCAGUCUGAUGGAGGAAACUACACCUGCAGCAUCUUUGAUGGAAGAGAAGAACUGAACCUGAAACAGAUUCACCUGAAGGUCAAAGCUGAUCAGCAGGAGGUCGAGGUCACUGAAGGGUCAGAUUCUGUCGUUCUGCCCUGCAGAAUAUUAUCCCAGCUUCCUGAGGACACAUCAGUGGAGUGGACCCGUUCAGAACCUCGUUCCAUGUUCAUUCAUGUGUUUCCUAACACAAGUAAACACUACGCCCAGCAGGACAGAUCUUACAGCUGCCGUACAGAGAUGAAGAAAGAUUUCCUGAGGACCGGAGACGUCAGCCUGACCCUCAUGUAUCCCACACACAGAGACGAUGGACGCUACGUCUGCACCGUCUACAGAGGCCAGGACGUCCUGAGACACACAGUGGUUCUGAAAUAUUUCAAAGUUGAUCAGCAGGAGGUCAAGGUCACUGAAGGGUCAGAUUCUGUCGUUCUGCCCUGCACAACAUCAUCCCAGCUUCCUGAGGACACAUCAGUGGAGUGGACCCGUUCAGAACCAGAAUUUAUGAUGGUUCACUCAAGCAGCAACCAAAGAAACCAGGACAAACUUUACCGCCACCGAACAGAGAUGAAGAAAGAUUUUCUGAGGACCGGAGACGUCAGCCUGACCCUGAGGAAUCCCAGAGACGGAGACGAUGGACGCUACGUCUGCACCGUCUACAGAGGCCAGGACGUCCUGAGACACACGGUCAGAGUGAGGUUACCAUUUCUCUGUUUUUCCACAGAACACUUUCCAUCUUGGGCCAAAGCUCUGCUGGUUCUGUUGGUUCUGUUGGUUCUGGUUCUCAUCGUCUCUGCAGGCGCUUUAUAUCAUUUUAAAGAUCAUUUCCUGCCAGCUCUGCAGGUGAAGGUGGAUUCAGGGGUUAAAUCUGUCCUGCUGCCCUGCAGAACCAACAUUUACCUGCCUGGAGAUGCUAGAGUGGAGUGGAAGAAUGGAGAGAACAAGACGGUCCAUGUGUAUCCAAACGGUUCUGAUGAUCCUGAAGAACAGAACCUGACCAGCAGAACCAGGAUGGGUGACGACCCACUGAAGACUAAAGACCUCAGUCUGACUCUGGACCGCCCCUCAGUGGCAGACAGCGGGAUCUACACCUGCAGAGUCUCCAUCAGGAAACGAGUCAUUCUGGUGAUGAAACGGGUUCAUCUCCAGGUCAAAGAUAUUGUUGGUCAGUAUCAGCCUGACCUUAAAGAGUCUCUGAAGAUGAAGAUCCAAAGUCUCUCUGAAGGCGUCGCUGAACUUGGAAAUAAAACCGAUCUGAACCAGAUCUACACUGAGCUCUACAUCACAGAGGGGUCAACUAGAGAGGUCAACCAGGAAUGAGGUCAGA